CGCAGCUGUUUGUUAUGUUUUGCGAGGCGCUGGAGGACGGAAGGAGGGCCGGUUUGUUUUUGUCUUGCGAGCGAAACGCGCUUGGGGAGGGGGGUGUGGAAUUUUAAAUAGUAAUACAUAAAUAAAUAAAUAAAUAAAUAAUACCGAUACACAAUCUAUUGACACAAAUACAAUUAACGGGCAGCAAAAAAAAAAAAAAGGAAUUCCUUCACGCAAACGCGCGUACGACAGCAAGGAGGAGCCGCCGCCAGCGUCGUCGUCGUCGUCGUUGUUGUUGUUGUUGUUGUUGUAGUUGUUGUUGUCUUCUCAAUUCCCGCAAACCCACACAAACAAAACAGCCAUGACGAUCCUUCCCAAGAAGAAGCCGAGCUCCGCUGUCGGCGUGUCGGACCACCCGGACGAGGCUGACCGCCGCAGCGGCUCGGAUCCUCACUCCCACCAGCACCAGCACGGAGGCCGAGCCGGGGCCAGGCCUAGGGCCUCUCCGCCCCGCUGGAGCUACCAAGCCGCGCCUCAGUCGUCCAGGGAGGACCGGCGAGGCGAAUGCAGCUCCCGGCCGCAGCAGGCCUCCCCUCCGCCCGUGGGUUCUGGCUCGCCCGCUGGGCCCGGGGACGUCAGCGGGGGCGGCGGGGGGGGCGGAGGGGGCGGCGGUGUUCCGUGCGGCGUCGGCGGGCGAGUGGAGCUCGGAGGCGGCGGAGGGGUUGGGGUCGGCGCGGGGAUUGGUAGCUGCUGUUCGGGACCGGGGCUUAGUAAGAGGCGGCGGCAGGCGGCCUGUGCUGGCGGAGUGGCCGGUGGAGGAGUGGUUGGAGUGGCCGGCGGGGGAGGAUCGAGUCCGGACCCCGAGGAAGGGGCUGGCUACAACAGCGAGGACGAGUACGAGAACGCGUCCAGGUUACAGUCGAUGGACCCGGCUACAGUCGAGCAGCAGGAGCACUGGUUCGAGAAAACGCUGGGAGAAAAGAAAGGAUAUGUCAUUAAAAAAAUGAAAGAAGAUGGGGCUUGCCUCUUCAGAGCAGUCGCUGACCAAGUAUAUGGGGACCAGGAUAUGCACGAUGUGGUCCGGAAACACUGCAUGGAUUAUUUGAUGAAAAAUGCAGACUACUUCUCUAAUUACGUGACAGAAGAUUUCACUACAUACAUCAACAGAAAGAGGAAAAGCAACUGUCACGGGAACCACAUAGAGAUGCAGGCCAUGGCUGAGAUGUACAACAGACCUGUGGAAGUGUACCAGCACGGCACAGAACCAAUCAACACAUUUCACGGCAUCCAUCAGAACAACGACGAGCCGAUCCGCGUCAGCUACCAUCGCAACAUCCACUACAACUCUGUGGUGAACCCCAACAAAGCCACCAUCGGGGUGGGGUUGGGGCUGCCUGGCACCAAACCUGGGGGGAGCACUCAGUACGCAGACCAGUCGCUCAUGAAGAACGCAAUCAAGACCUCGGAGGAGUCGUGGAUCGAGCAGCAGAUGCUGGAGGACAAAAAGAGAGCCACGGACUGGGAGGCCACCAACGAGGCCAUCGAGGAGCAGGUGGCCCGGGAGUCUUACCUGCAGUGGCUGCGGGACCAGGAGAAGCAGGCCAGACAGCCUCGAAAGGCGACCGCCACUUGCAGUUCAGCCACAGCUGCGGCCUCAAGCGGAUUGGAGGAAUGGAGCGGGCGGUCCCCUAGACAGCGGAGCUCCGCCCCCUCCCCAGAACACCCAGAGCCUCACCCCGACACCGUGGGGAAGCCCCCCUCUCCAGCAGGGGCCGCCCUCCUCGCACCCAAACCCCCCUCGCCAUGCGCUGCAGGUCUGGCGGACUGGGAGGAUGACGAGAUCAUGGCUUCGGUCCUUGCUGCGUCUCAACAGGAGUACCUCGACAGCAUGAAGAAGAACGCGACACACAGAGAACCUUCGCCGGAGAACAGCUGAUACCCUGAA